UCUUGCAUCACUUCCGCCUCCGGGCCAGGCCCCGCCCCGCUCUCCCGGCGUCGCUCGCGCGCUGGAGUCAAGAUGGAGGAGUACGCUCGGGAGCCGUGCCCCUGGCGAAUUGUGGAUGACUGUGGAGGGGCCUUUACGAUGGGCACCAUAGGUGGUGGCAUCUUUCAAGCAAUCAAAGGUUUUCGCAAUUCUCCAGUGGGAGUAAACCACAGACUACGAGGGAGCUUGACAGCUAUUAAAACCAGGGCUCCGCAGUUGGGAGGUAGCUUUGCAGUGUGGGGCGGUCUGUUCUCCAUGAUCGACUGCAGCAUGGUUCAGGUCAGAGGGAAGGAGGACCCCUGGAACUCCAUCACGAGCGGGGCCUUGACGGGAGCCAUCCUGGCGGCGAGAAAUGGACCAGUGGCCAUGGUUGGGUCAGCCGCAAUGGGUGGCAUUCUUCUAGCUUUAAUCGAAGGAGCUGGUAUCUUGUUGACAAGAUUUGCCUCUGCACAGUUUCCCAAUGGUCCUCAGUUUGCUGAAGACCCCUCGCAGUUGCCUUCCGCCCAGCUCCCGCCCUCGCCGUUUGGAGACUACCGACAGUAUCAGUAGGGACUUUUGGGACGGGACGAGCUGUAGUUCCAGAGGGAUCUCAGAGCCGCACAUGGCGCUCAGCUUCUAAACCACCGGCGGCACAGCUACGGCCGAAGAGGCUACGAAGAGACAUUUAGCACUUUUUCUAUUUAAAGGAACGUGGGGGGUGUUAAACGGUGAUCACACACGUGGAUGGCAUAUGUCAUUAAGGUAAAUGUCUGGCAUCUUCAAAAGAAAACACACUCAGUGCUCAGAAGAUGAAGGACCGAAGGGCGGGCAGCAGCGAGACAUGCCGUCAGCUCCUUGGGGGCUUCUCCGCCUGGGUUUGUGUGUGCUGUUAGUCAAACAAUAAAAACUCCUGGAACUUGCUCCCUCUUUUACGAUAAGUUGUAGAGUUGUACUUUCCACCCUGCAGUACUCCAGGGAGUGCAGAGUACGCUGGCAAGCGCAUGUUUUGUGCUCAGGCCCUCGCCCCACUUGAGGUGGAUUGUGUGCGGUCAGCAUGCGUCCUUCCACAGAGACACUGGAGUGAAGGCUGAGGGGAGAUACUUCCCUUUACGUGGAAAGGAAAACACGCUUGGUUUUCAGGACGUGAGAAAGAAAACUCGCUCUACCUUCGAAGCUACUGAAACGCCGCAAAACCGUUUCCUCUCACCGUGGCCGGCUCUGCGUGAGGACGCCUCACCGCUGGCUGGUGGCACGGGGAGUGUGCUCUUGAGUGUCCCUCGACAAUAAAAUCCAUGCUGUUUUAACGUGU